AUGGCAGUAAAUGUGUACUCAACCAAUGUUACAUCGGAAAAUUUAUCGCGUCAUGAUAUGUUGGCGUGGGUGAAUGAUGCUCUGCAGUCGAAUUUUUGCAAAAUCGAGGAACUUUGUACUGGAGCUGCAUAUUGCCAAUUUAUGGAUAUGUUAUUUCCUGGCAGUGUACCCAUGAAACGCAUUAAGUUUAAGACUAACUUAGAACACGAAUAUAUACAGAACUUUAAAAUAUUGCAAGCAGCUUUCAAAAAAAUGGCUGUUGACAAGGUAAUACCAGUGGACAAGCUGAUUAAGGGGAGAUUUCAAGACAAUUUUGAGUUUUUACAGUGGUUUAAAAAGUUUUUUGAUGCUAAUUAUGAUGGAAGAGAAUAUGAUGCGUUUGAAGCUCGUGGCGGGAUAACGAUUGGGUCAGGAGCAUGUGAUAGUGGCCUUCCACUCUGUAGUGCCGCGCCAACACCGCGCAUUCGCAGAAUAGUACCCAUUGACAGACUGGUGAAGGGUCGAUUCCAAGAUAACUUUGAGUUCUUGCAAUGGUUCAAGAAAUUUUACGAUGCCAACUACAGUGGCUCGCCAUAUGACGCGAUGGCGCAGCGUGAAGGGCUGCCAAUGGGGCACGGAUCGGCGGGCGCGGCGCCCCGACAGAUGCCGUCUGUAAAGAAGCCGGCUGCGCCCAUUGCUAAAGUCGCCGCUAGACCCCAAUCCAUUGUGAAAGCAAACAACACUGCAAUCCGAUCGCCUCCAUCCAAUUUAAGGCUAAAUCAAAAUGCAAAGGGGGACUCCAGGGUUAUUGAAGAACUCAAUCUUCAGGUAAAUGAUCUGAAAGCAUCAUUGGAAGGUCUUGAGAAAGAGAGAGAUUUUUACUUUGGUAAGCUGAGGGAAGUUGAAUUAAUUUGUCAAGAAAUGGCAGGACAGCCCAAUGUUGACCUUGUAAAGCAAAUUUUGGAUAUUUUAUAUGCAACUGAGGACGGAUUUGCACCACCAGAGGACUUGGACGGUGACAACCCUCACCCACCAGAGGAGGAUGAGUAUUGA